GAUCUCGUCAAUUGAGGGCGCCUUACUAUUAGCAAGUUGCUGGCAAAAUCUACGUGUACUGUUCGUGUAGGACGUCGACAAAAACGAACAUGAUUUUACCCUGUUUUUAACCCACUGUCCUGGUGCUGCGAAAGUAAAUUGAAUUCUCUGGUAAAGCCAAGAGUUGAUGAGGUUUCAGGGUCCCUCAAGAAUGUCAGCAACAGCGAUGAUUUGGCCCAGGGUAGAGCUCCUGACCCUGUCCAUGUUACUAUCUCUUCAGAUCACACACUCAGACUUCCUCAACAGCAACUCUCUCUUCAAGCUGAACUGGGCAGGAAGUAUACAGGACCUCACGGGCAAUUCAGACUACCUCAUCAUGACCACGCCCAACAACGAGAAAUACCAGUGUGUCUUACCGGAUGAGGAGAGCCAAAAACGACAGAAUGAGGUCAACUACCCAGGCCCCUCGGCUGCUGAACUCAUGCAGCCUGUCUUCACCAAAGGCAUCUGCACCAUCAGGAUUGAAACUUACUGGAAUUUUGAGUUGUGCCAUGGGAAGCAUGUGAGACAAUACCAUGAGGAAAAAGAAACCGGCAAGGAAACCAAAUUGCUGGAGUUCUACCUCGGCAAAAACAUGAAGUCACCAGGAGGCAAAGAGUAUGAGUUACAGACUAUUAGUUCACUGAAAGGAACUUAUGAUGAUUUUAAGGUGCCUACAAUAACCAUUGACGGCAAGGAGAUACCAUAUUAUGAGGUCCUGAUGGACGAUGGCACACCAUGUGACCUCCGUGGAGACUCCCCCCGUCUGACCAGGGUGCGGUAUAUCUGUGAGGGGACCGGCCGUAACGAGAUGCUGACCAUCAAAGAGACAAGUACCUGUGAGUACGAGGCUGUUAUACUCACACCGUACCUCUGCAGUCAUCCACUGUACAAGUUCAGAGAACCUCCGAUAAAUGCCAUCAACUGCCACGCCAUGAAUGGGGCACCGGCACGACCACUCGGCUAUGAACAGCUGUACAAAGACACCAGCAGCAGGCUACAGUUCUCAGCACCAAAGGCCAAGAGUUCAAUAAGCAAAGGCUCUGCCAGCACCGAGGAGGGAGAGAAGUCUACCCAAGCUGCAGCCAAGCAGGCGUUACCUCGCCCUGUCCUCAUCGACAAGCAGAUACUAAGAGACUUCCUUAACGGGGAUUAUUGUCUACAUGGGGGUCAAGGAUGGUGGAAAUAUGAAUUUUGUUACGGAAAAUUUGCACAGCAAUAUCAUACGGAUACUAAAACUGGCACCACGGUUAUUCUGCUAGGAUCUUGGAACAAGCAAGAGCAUAUAGCAUGGUGGACACAACACCAAAAAACUGUUGGAUCAAAGAGUGUUACACAUUACUAUGGCAACGGGGAUAUAUGUGAUUUAACUGGCAAGCCACGGGUUGCCCAGGUCAAGUUAAAAUGCAAAGCAGACAUGCAAGCCACAGCAGUCACUAUCUAUCUCUCCGAACCAAGGGAUUGUGAAUAUGUACUUGGGGUGGACUCUCCCAUAAUAUGCUCGCUCCUGGAAACAGCCGAUGAGUAUGGAAUACUGCACCCCUCCACGUCAAUGGAAGAGUCUGCAGAUGAGUCGACGGAGAAGCCUUAACUAUUAACCAGACAUGGCUCAUGCACACUGGCUCCCAUAUGUUCCUAUAUCCUCACAUAAAUGCUUCCAUAAUGUGCAUACAGCUGAAAAUACUCUUUCCGUAGUUGAUUCAAAAGUUUUACCACAAACCAGUUCUUGGAGACGAUGCCUGAAAGUUUGAUCUGUGGGCUGCAAGGGAGACUGGUGGUCUUCCCUCAUUUGAUAUGGGAGCAGGACGUGGCUCUGUAUCUUCUGAGAUUUCAUUGGUUGCUGUGUGCCAUGGUGAUAGUUCCCUGGAGUCUGAUUGACUGAGCUCACAGGUGGAAACAGACGCGGCAUCCAGUGCCAUUCUUUGUGUGAUUCCAGCAGCUCUGCCUGAGGUCACCAAAUCCUGCUGGCUGCUGAUUAACUGCACUCUCAAAUAGUUCGUCACCGUCACCACGAACUAACACUCACGCGCGCGUGAGUGCACUGUACGCACGCGUAUUUACAGAACUGGGAUAUUUUGGGUUUCACGAACUGACAUCCUCCACAGUGCGGCACUUUUAGAGCGCAACCCAUACAUUUUCGUUUUCACGAACUGACACCCAAGCAUGAUGCGGCAAUAUAGAACGGAGAAAAACGGUUUGAAGGUUUGACACAGAUCUAAUCUAUCUGUGUACUUGUGUGAUUAUACAAAUUUUUAAUUAAAGAGCGAUUCAAUUGGUAAAAUUAAGAUCAGUGUCAGUUCGUGAAACUGAAAAUGCACGGGGUGCGCUCUAAAUGUGUCGCACGGUGGAGGAUGUCAGUUCGUGAAACUCAAAAUAUCAA